GGGAGGGCCCAGGGGAGACAAUAGACACCAGUUCGAACCGCAGAGCCUGCUGGGAAGGCAGCUGCUUGCGGCGGCUCGCUUUCUCUCGCGGAGGAAAAGGGGAGGCCGCACCGGUAGUGAGGUCAUAAUCGACAGACGGAAGGAAGCGGCGGAUUGGCUGCAUCCGUUAUUCUUGGCUCCGAGAGCGGUCCCCGCGCGCCCGCUGCAGCGGCUCGAGGCGGGAGGGGGUCAGGGCUCGCCGGUGGUCGGGCUCGCGACGCGCGUGCAGGCGGGAAGCCGCUGCCGUAGCGGCCUCGGGCGGGGGCGAGGCGGGCAGGCGCCGCGGGGCCGAGCCGCGAACAUGGCGGAGGCCGCGGCCUCGGAGCCGCUGGGCCGGAGCCGGCAGGAGGCGGCCUGGGUGGAGACGCUGCGCGGGGACUGCGAGCCCGAGCACCACUGGCGGCACCGCCGCGAGUUCCUGCUGCGCAACGCGGGGGGCCCGCCGGCCGGGGACAGCGGGGUCCUGCAGCGCCUCGUCUCUCUCUCCAUGGUGUGGGCCAACCACGUCUUCCUCGGCUGCCGGUACCCGCUGUCGGUGAUGGAAAAGGUGCUGGAAAUGGCUGAAGGCAUCAAAGUGACCGAUGCGCCCGCCCACACGACGAGAGAUGAACUGGUUGCCAAGGUGAAGAAAAGAGGCAUAUCAAGUAGCAAUGAAGGGGUAGAGGAACCUUGCAAGAAACGAGCUGUUGACAAAAGCAGAGAUUCUAAGGAUGUUGGAAAUGAUGCUAAGUUGACAAAGACAGAAGUUUCCAAGGAGACAGAGAGCAUGUUGCCGAAGAAAGAGGAAAAAGAUGCGGGAAAAGAUUCAGAACGUUCACUGCCAUCCUCAAGCUCAAACCAAGAAAAGAGCACAGUGCCAGGAACAGAAACAGAAACAAAAGCAGCUAAUUAUGAAACCACUGCCAAACAUAAUUCAGCUGCAGCAUCUGCUUCAUCUGGAACGGAAUCAAAAAUGAAUUAUCAUUCAAGUAUGGAAACUAAACAUGAAAAGAAGAGUACAUUGCCUGGUGUUCCGCCGGCGGCUACCAAAAGCAGCUCCCAGGCCAGCACUCCGGCGGUGGCAGCUACCAAAAGCGGCUCCCAGGCCAGUGCUCCAGCACCGGUGGCUGCCAGAAGCAGCUCCCAGGCCAGCGCUCCGGUGCCGGCGGCUGCCAAAAGCAGCUCCCAGGCCAGCGCUCUGGCAGCUGCCAAAAGCAGCACCCAGGCCAGCGCUCUGGCGGCGGCAGCGCCGCCAGCGGCUGCCAAAAGCAGCACCCAGGCCAGCGCUCCGGCGGCUGCCAAAAGCAGCACCCAGGCCAGCGCUCCGGCGGCUGCCAAAAGCAGCACCCAGGCCAGCGCUCCGGCGGCUGCCAAAAGCAGCACCCAGGCCAGCGCUCCGGCGGCUGCCAAAAGCAGCACCCAGGCCAGCGCGCCGGCGGCGGCGCCGGCGGCUGCCAAAAGCAGCACCCAGGCCAGCGCGCCGGCGGCGGCGCCGGCGGCUGCCAAAAGCAGCACCCAGGCCAGCGCGCCGGCGCCGGCGGCUGCCAAAAGCAGCACCCAGGCCAGCGCGCCGGCGCCGGCGCCGGCGGCUGCCAAAAGCAGCACCCAGGCCAGCGCGCCGGCGCCGGCGCCGGCGGCUGCCAAAAGCAGCACCCAGGCCAGCGCGCCGGCGCCGGCGGCUGCCAAAAGCAGCACCCAGGCCAGCGCGCCGGCGCCGGCGCCGGCGGCUGCCAAAAGCAGCACCCAGGCCAGCGCGCCGGCGCCGGCGGCUGCCAAAAGCAGCACCCAGGCCAGCGCGCCGGCGCCGGCGCCGGCGGCUGCCAAAAGCAGCACCCAGGCCAGCGCGCCGGCGCCGGCGGCUGCCAAAAGCAGCUCUCAGGCCAGUGCUCCGCCGGCGGCUGCCAAAAGCAGCUCUCAGGCCAGCGCUGCGGCAGCGGUGCCGGCGGCUGCCAAAAGCAGCUCCCAGGCCAGUGCUCCGGCGGCUGCCAAAAGCAGCUCCAUGGCCAGCGCUCCAGCGGCGGCUGCCAAAAGCAGCUCGCUGGCCAGUGCUCCGCCAGCGGCGGCGGCUACCAGAAGCAGCUCCCUGGCCAGCGUUCUACUGGUGGCUUCCAAAAGCAGCUCUCAGGCCACCGCUGCACCAGUGGCUUCCAAAAGCAGCUCUCAGGCUAGUGAAAAUCCUGCUAAAGUGUCAUGGAAGCCAUUAACAAGUGAAGAUGCAAAAGAAAGACAGCCUUUUUUCAAUAGACUGUACAAAGCUGUGGCCUGGAAAUUAGUUGCUGUUGGAGGUUUUAGUCCCAACGUGAAUCAUGCAGAACUUCUAAACUCAUCCAUUCAGUCUGUGAAAGCCACUUUAGAUGUAACUUUUGUUCCACUGAAAGAACUUGCAGACUUACCUCAAAAUAAAAGCUCUCAUGAAAAUAUAGUUUGUGAACUGAGGUGCAAGUCUGUUUAUUUGGGUACUGGCUGUGGAAAAAGUAAGGAAAAUGCCAAAGCUAUAGCUUCCAGGGAAGCUUUGAAAUUAUUUCUCAAGAAGAAAGUUAUUGUAAAGAUAUGUAAAAGAAAGUACAAAGGACGUGAAAUUGAAGAUUUGGUACUACUUGAUGAAGAGUCAAAACCCUCAAAUUUACCCCCAGCUUUAAGAAAUCCUCAAGAGAUCCUGUAGGACACAUAGUAACUAAGGGUUACUUUUGUACUCUGAAAAUGUAGGCUUCCAGAAAUUUUGUAUUUCUCAGUUUUGCAGAACAAUUACAUUAUUGUUCCUUUCACGCGGUAGCAAUUGUAAAAAACUUCUUAUAGAUCACAAGAAGUGUGCAUUUAAAAGUAUGCCUUAAUAUAGAGCACACUGGCGUGCUGUUUUAUUUGCUAAAUAGUCUACCUAAGUCUUCUAUUUUUAAUUAAAAGAUUAAGGUACAAUCUGAUUAAAGUCUAAUAAUUUUGUAAUUCUUACGAUUUGGUGGUAGUGUGCUCAGUUGUCUACCAUGUCUUUUUAGCUGCAUAGGAGUAUAUAUGGGACCAUAGUACUUGAAUGGUUGAAAGUUGUUACAUUUCAAGAAAAAGUUUAUCUGUUUGAAAUUUGUUGCCCAUAAUGUUCACUAUUCCUGUUGAAAAGAGAGAAAAUAGUUGGCUGACUAUUUUUAUGAAAAGUUGUAACAUUUUAAAAUUAAUCCUAAAAUAAUGUGAUCCUGUUUAACAUUAUUACAAUAGCAAAUUGUCAGUAAACAAGCAGGGUGAUUUAAACCACCAAAACUCUAAGCAAAUUAAACUUACCUUUUAUGAAAUACCAUUUACACUGUUUUUCAGAUAAAUGUGGAUUUCUAUAUAAGCAUAUUUUAUGACUGCUACUAUUAAAAACAAUAAACUUCUGGGAUGUCCUCACUUUUAAUAUUUUGUUUUAGCUAUUAAAUGCUUUGAAAACUGACAAUUUUGAUAAAUGUUAGUAACAUCUUUUUUGAAAAAAAAUCUUAGACAUUAAACUGGGUAAGGAACAUCUGUGAAAACGAUCAACAGAGCAGUACUUUUUUAAUAUAAAAAGAAAAAUGUACACUGUCUUCAGUGUGGAUGGGUUUCAAGGUCUAGUUACUGGUGGUUCUUAUUGUUUUAUUAAGAUGCACAAGAGAUACUCAUGUAAAACUAGAAUAACAAUAUUUUCCAAUAAAUAAUGGAAUGUAUAGUAUUCCCACUCUGCUAUCAUCAAUUAAAUGUGCGGGCAGAGGAAAAUGCAGGUGCUUCUGUUGAGUUGAAUGUGUCUUCUGAAAUGAGUUUACACAUAUUUUGAGUCUUAUUUUACUCUGUUUACACACUCAGUACUCACACUGAUAUCUGGAAGUUUCAUACAAAGAUCAUGGGAAACCAUGGCCCUUUAGGUGCAGCAGUCUGGAAAGAAUUAUAUAAAUGUGGUGUAUAAAACACUGGGUAAUAAAAGUAAUGGCUGAGA